CCUUUUUCCUUUGCAACCCCACCCACUCCUUCUUCCUAUAUAAACCACGCCCCGGUGUGUAUCGCUUCCUCUCUCUCGCAUCUGUCAUUUGCUGAAAUAAUUCUUCACAGAUAAUUAAAAUCAAAAUAUGGAGGUUAGUGGGGGCUAAAUUUGUGGAGUUCUAUGGGCUUGCCUGGUAAAAGUGAAAUGUGUGGGGGACAGAACACUCAUACUUAUUUCAUUGCAAAAUAUGGGCUCAAUAUCAGCCUGUCAAUCAGGAGAAAUUCUUGUAAGAGGAGCAACCAUGGAAUGGCAGUGGAGCAAGAACAAAUGAAAUCCAAAACCACUUCAGCAUUCACAUCCUACUUUGUCCAUUUCUUGGCACCUUUCAGACCCUGGUCCCUUAAAAUUCCUUUAGGUGAUGGUUACCAUGAAUCCUUGGUCUUAGAUCUCUCCUCUUUAUAAGUCACCUCAAAAUUUCUGGUUAUUGUCUCAAGAGUGUCACAAGGGCAAAAUUUGCGGGGCAGCGAGGCAAUUGUGUGUAUGUUGUGAUUUUUUUUUAACAGCCUGGUGUCGCAAUGCCUUGCCUUGUAAGUGCUAAGAAAUGGCUUCCUGAGUCAGAGAUGUGUUUCUCAGGUGCAAUCCCAAAUAGUUCAGUGAGCUGUGCAAGAAUUUUAACCAGGUUAACCCCGCAAGCGUCAUUAGAAUCUUAUUGUCCUAUUUUACCUGGGUUACCCGACGAUGUUGCAAAGUUUUGCCUUGCUCUAGUUCCCAGGAGUUAUUUUCCUGUCAUGGGGACUGUAUGCAAGAGAUGGAUGUCGUUUAUCCAAAGCAGUGAGUUUGUAGCUGUAAGAAAACAGGCCGGAAAGCUCGAGGAAUGGCUCUAUAUCUUGACUGCUGAUGCUAAUGGAAAGGGAAGCCACUGGGAAGUCCUCGCCAAUUUUGGUAAAAAGCGCCACCUAGUUCCUCCAAUGCCGGGUCCUGUAAAAACUGGAUUCGGUGUGGUGGUUCUAGAUGGAAAGCUUUUGGUUCUAGCUGGUUAUGCGGUCGAUAAUGGUACUGACUGUGUAUCUUCUGAUGUUUAUCAAUAUGAUUCUCGGCUUAACAGAUGGAGUAUGCUAUCCAAGAUGAAUGUUGCUCGGUAUGACUUUGCUUGCGCUGAGGUGAAUGGUGUGAUCUAUGUCGUUGGUGGCUAUGGUUCCAGUGGCAAUAGCUUAUCAAGUGUUGAAGUCUAUGACCCGGACAAGAAUGAGUGGACCUUGAUUGAGAGCCUCCGUCGCCCAAGAUGGGGUUGCUUCGCCUGUGGCUUUGCAGGCAAGCUCUACGUCAUGGGCGGACGAUCAAGCUUCACCAUCGGCAACACAAAGUUUGUUGAUGUCUACAACCCUGAGAUGCAUUCCUGGUGCCAGAUCAAGAAUGGUUGUGUGAUGGUCACUGCUCACGCUGUUCUGAGGAAAAAGCUUUUCUGUAUGGAGUGGAAGAAUCAGCGGAAGUUAGCAGUGUUCAACCCGGAGAAUAACUUAUGGCAGAAUGUACCAGUCCCGCUCACUGGGAGCUCUGCGAUCGGGUUUCAGUUCGGAAUACUUGACGGUAAGCUCUUGCUGUUCUCCCUCCAGGAGGACCCAGGAUAUCAGACAUUGCUCUACGACCCUGAAGCCCCGGCCGGCUCCGAGUGGCAGACUUCGUCUUUGAAACCUUCUGGUUUGUGUCUAUGCAGUGUGACAAUUGAGGCAUGAGUCACAUUGCUGCUGAGUCUGUUGUGUUCUUGGUUUGUUUUGGUGGUGAUUAUGUCUGCACUUAGAAUCUUAACAAGACUUGUUAAAGUAUCACACGAGCUGUGAUUGUUGUCAUUAUGCUUCUCUGUUGGAAUACUUUUUUUCUUUAUGCUAAUUGAAUUCCUUUAAUUGGACA